AGGGCGGCGGCGAUGGCGGCGCCGGAGCGGGGCGGCGUCGGCGGCCCGAGUCGGUGACUGCGCUCCCGGAGCGCCGGGCAGGAGCUGAUGGUUAGGAAUGUGUCUCAGCGACACUAUGCCUCCUGCCAUGGCAGACAGCCUUGACAUCUGGGCAGUGGGCUCACAGACGGCAUCUGAUGGCUCCAUCCCUGUGGACUUCCUUCUGCCGACUGGGAUUUACAUCCAGCUGGAGGUGCCUCGGGAAGCUACCAUUUCUUACAUUAAGCAGUUGCUAUGGAAGCAAGCUCACAGUUACCCGAUGUUUAACCUGCUUCUGGAGGUUGACGCCUACAUGUUUGCUUGUGUGAACCAGACGGCCGUGUACGAAGAGCUCGAGGACGAGACGCGGAGACUUUGUGACGUGAGGCCUUUCCUUCCAGUUCUCAAGCUGGUGACAAGGAGCUGUGACCCAGGCGAAAAAUUAGACUCGAAAAUUGGCGUCCUCAUAGGAAAAGGUUUGCACGAAUUUGACGCCUUGAAGGAUCCUGAAGUGAAUGAGUUUCGAAGAAAGAUGCGUCGGUUGAGUGAGGAGAAGACGCAGUCGCUGCUGGGCUUGUCCUGGAUGGACUGGCUGAGGCAGACCUACCCUCCGGAGCACGAGCCAUCCGUGCUCGACGACCUGGAGGAGAAGCUGUACGGAGGGAAGCUCAUUGUGGCUGUGCACUUCGAGAACUCGCAGGAUGUAUUUAGCUUUCAAGUGUCCCCUAACAUGAACCCUGUCAAAGUCAAUGAGUUGGCCAUCCAGAAGCGUUUGACUGUUCAUGGGAAGGAGGAAGAGGUUAGCCCUCAGGACUAUGUGCUGCAAGUCAGUGGCAGAGUGGAAUAUGUAUUUGGUGACCACCCGCUUAUCCAGUUCCAGUAUGUGCGGAAGUGUGUGAUGAACAGGACUUUGCCCCAUUUCGUGCUUGUGGAAUGCUGCAAGAUCAAGAAAAUGUAUGAGCAGGAAGUCGUCGCCAUCGAAGCUGCCAUGGGUCGGAGUCCAUCCACGCUGCCUCUGCCCUUGCCGCCGAAGAAGACGCGUGUUGUCUCUCAUGUUUGGGAGAACAGCAGUCCAUUCCAAGUUGUGCUGGUUAAAGGCAGUAAGCUUAACACGGAAGAAACCGUCAAAGUUCAUGUCAGAGCUGGUCUGUUUCACGGUACCGAGCUCCUGUGUAAAACCAUCGUGAGCUCAGAGAUUUCAGGGAAAAACGAUCACAUUUGGAAUGAACCGUUGGAAUUUGACAUUAACACUUGUGAUUUGCCAAGAAUGGCCCGAUUGUGUUUUGCUGUUUAUGCAGUUUCAGAUAAAGCGAAAACAAAGAAAUCAACUAAAACUAUGAAUCCCUCCAAGUACCAGACUAUCAGGAAAGCUGGGAAAGUGCAUUAUCCUGUGGCCUGGGUAAAUACCAUGGUUUUUGACUUUAAAGGACAAUUGAGAUCUGGAGACAUAAUAUUGCACAGCUGGUCUUCAUUUCCUGAUGAACUUGAAGAAAUGUUGAAUCCAAUGGGAACUGUUCAGACAAAUCCAUACACUGAAAAUGCAACAGCUUUGCAUAUUAAAUUUCCUGAGAAUAAAAAACAGCCUUACUAUUACCCUCCUUUUGAUAAGAUUAUUGAGAAGGCAGCUGAGAUUGCAAGCGGUGAUAGUGCCAAUGUGUCCAGUCGAGGUGGGAAAAAGUUCCUUGCAGUACUGAAAGAGAUUCUGGACAGGGACCCUUUGUCCCAGCUCUGUGAGAAUGAAAUGGACCUCAUUUGGACUCUGCGACAAGACUGCAGGGAGAACUUCCCACAGUCUCUGCCAAAACUACUGCUGUCCAUUAAGUGGAAUAAACUUGAAGACGUUGCUCAGCUUCAAGCGCUGCUUCAGAUUUGGCCUAAACUGCCCCCUCGGGAGGCUCUGGAGCUCCUGGACUUCAACUACCCAGACCAGUAUGUGCGGGAAUACGCCGUGGGCUGCCUGCAGCAGAUGAGUGACGAAGAACUCUCUCAGUAUCUUUUACAACUGGUGCAAGUUUUAAAAUAUGAGCCAUUUCUCGACUGUGCGCUGUCGAGAUUCCUUUUAGAACGAGCACUUGCUAACCGGCGGAUCGGUCAGUUUCUCUUCUGGCACCUUAGGUCCGAGGUGCACAUCCCUGCCGUCGCUGUCCAGUUCGGGGUCAUCCUGGAAGCCUACUGCCGCGGCAGUGUCGGCCACAUGAAGGUGCUUUCCAAGCAGGUUGAAGCACUCAAUAAGUUAAAGACCUUAAAUAGUUUAAUAAAGCUGAAUGCAGUGAAGCUCAACAGAUCGAAGGGGAAGGAGGCCAUGCACACAUGUUUAAAGCAGAGCGCUUACCGCGACGCCCUCUCCGGCCUGCAGUCCCCGCUGAACCCCUGCGUCCUCCUCUCGGAACUCCAUGUUGAGAAGUGCAAGUACAUGGAUUCUAAAAUGAAGCCUUUGUGGCUAGUGUACAACAACAAGGUGUUUGGGGAGGAUUCCGUCGGAGUCAUCUUUAAAAAUGGUGAUGAUUUACGACAGGAUAUGUUAACACUUCAGAUGCUACGCUUGAUGGAUUUGCUGUGGAAGGAAGCUGGUCUGGAUCUUCGGAUACUGCCUUACGGCUGCUUAGCGACUGGAGACCGCUCUGGCCUCAUUGAGGUGGUGAGCACCUCGGAGACCAUCGCUGACAUUCAGCUGAACAGCAGCAACGUGGCUGCCACAGCAGCCUUCAACAAGGACGCCCUGCUGAACUGGCUGAAGGAGUACAAUUCCGGGGAUGACCUGGACCGAGCCAUUGAGGAGUUCACUCUGUCCUGUGCUGGCUACUGUGUAGCUUCUUACGUCCUCGGAAUUGGUGACAGACACAGUGACAACAUCAUGGUCAAAAAAACUGGCCAGCUCUUCCACAUUGACUUUGGACAUAUUCUUGGAAAUUUCAAGUCUAAAUUUGGCAUUAAGAGGGAGCGAGUGCCUUUUAUACUUACUUAUGAUUUUAUUCAUGUCAUUCAACAAGGAAAAACAGGAAACACAGAGAAGUUUGGCCGGUUCCGCCAGUGCUGUGAGGACGCCUAUCUCAUCCUGCGGCGGCACGGGAACCUUUUCAUCACGCUCUUUGCACUCAUGCUGACGGCGGGGCUUCCUGAGCUCACCUCGGUCAAGGACAUCCAGUAUCUGAAGGACUCCCUUGCCUUAGGAAAGAGUGAAGAGGAAGCACUGAAACAAUUUAAGCAGAAAUUUGAUGAGGCGCUCAGGGAAAGCUGGACCACUAAGGUGAACUGGAUGGCCCACACGGUUCGUAAAGACUACAGAUCCUAAUGCGCAGCCUGGGGUUUGUCUCGUUGUCAUCUUGCGCUAAACUGAACACCCCGCCAGAGAUGUUAUAAAGGGAAUGAAAUCCUGACACGGAGUGAAACAGCAAGACGCCACACAGAUUCCCGUGUGCACAAUCCCUGCCUGCCCUCGCUCCUGAGGAUAAUCACCCCGCCCCACUGCACGCCCAGGAAUGCUGCCGGGGACCGUCUUCCAUUAGCUUUGUUUAAGUGUUUGGUACUUUCCUAGAAAGGUGUAAAUACUCCUUGACUCAAUGUUGUGACCAAGUGUCCUCACUCAGCCAACAUUUAACCCGCUCUUGGGGGCUAGGAGCUCUUCUUACUUUCCAAAUAAGGCUUAAGGAUAUUUUUUUCCUUUUUAAAUUGUGUAAAUUACAAAUUAUAAUAUAAUUUGAAAUUAUUUUUCAAAGGAAAUCUUUCAAACCUGUGGGAACUCAUUAAUUUUUUUGUUAAUAUUUAUCUACCAUAAUGGCAUCAUUCCAGACUUGCUGAAAUCUACUGGUAAAGUAAAUAUAAUAUAUAUAUAAAUAUGCUGCAUAUAUAUAUUUAUAAAAUUUCUAGUCGGAGUUCUAUAUGAAAAGGUUUUCCUCAGUCUGUGUUUUGCAGUUAACUGUGUGAUCCAGUUCUUCCAUCUGCUUCUGAGGAGGCACAUGUGGACACAGUUUUUAUAUGGGGUCUGUGGAAGAGUUCACUUCCUGGAGCAGAAUACUUGAGCACAUGUGUCCAAGGAACAAGAACCUAUUUAUGGAAUAAACUCCAGACCUAAACUCGGUAUUUGAGUAAAAUGCCAGCUGUUCUUACUGUAUUUAUUAAAACUUAUAAUGUGAUUUUUCAAGGAUAUUCAAAUUGAAAUGGUUUAAUGACACAUGGAAAUCUUUAAUUUAUUUGUUGAGGUACCAUAUGCGCAGGGUGCUAGGAAGCAGAUGUUACUGUGUGCAGUGGGAUCUCCUGGCUUGAAUGCGCCCGUGGCCGUCCUGCCGCGCCCCGGCCAGGCUGCUGCUCCCAGGGCGCGAGGUGCGCCCAACCUCCGUGACUGGGAAGGACGACCGGGGUCCACCAGCAUGGAGUUUUCUAUAGGAAUUUUAUUAAAGAUUGUCUAAUUUUGUUGUCUUUAAUGUUCUCAAAUAAAUGGGUGAGCUGCUUCCAGCUGUCCCUGGGCCUGUGGCCUUUCUCUUCUUUGUGUUUUUUUUUUCCUUGAUGAUAAUGACAUUCUUUUUAUCACCAGUCAGAAAACCUCAGACUGACAAUAGGAAAAUAAAUGGAUUUUCAG